GUACUAUAGGUGGCGCACGACACGCUAAGGUUCAUAUUUACUUCCGGUUUCGAUUCGAUUUCGCUUAGUUUCUAAACUAUUUUGAAAGUUCGUCAAAAUAAACAUCCAAUGCCUACUUGCUGUUGCGUGCCUGGUUGUUCCACGAGAGGAGGAUUAAGUUUCCCAAAGGAGGAGAAGAUAAAAAAGCUGUGGAUUCGAGCCAUUCGAAGAAACGAUGAGGAUAUUGCGUAUAAACAUUGGACGCCACAGCCAUUCAGUGUUGUGUGCCACAAACACUUUCGUGAGGAAGAUUUCACCUGCGAAACACAGCACGGCACUGAGCCACUAAGGAGGCAAAGAAAACCUGAGGCAGUCCCUUCCAUUUUCCCCUGGACCAAGUCACCAUCUAUUAAUUUUGAUGAGAGGAGCAAAAGAGUAGUGGCCCGCCGUGCCAAAAUGGAGAAAGGUGACCAUGAAAAUUCAGAAAUGGUUUCAGAUGAUUGCAAUGUAUAUGAAGUGGGCAACAGUGUAGAAGUGGAGGGAUGAAAAGUUUAGCCCUAGUGAUAUUAAUAAUAUUGAUAUAAGUGCUACUGUUGCACCUCUUUUUAUAGAUUCAUCAAGUCAAACAGCAAAAUUGCCAAUCAUGUGUAUUGAAAAUUUCAUGUAUGAUGAUGAAGGCAUCAUGUUUUAUACAGGGUUGAGUUCCUACACAGACUUUUUACAUGUACUGUAUAGUCUUGGUGAAGCAGCCUUUCAUCUCAAUUAUAUUUAUAAUCAGGUGCAAAAUAUGUCCAUUGAAAAUUAGCUCUUUUUGACACUGAUUAAGUUGAGGCAACAUAAGCCCAAUUUUGAAUUAAGUAGAUUAUUUUCAAUAUCACAAACAACUGUUGAGAAUGUUUGGAUUACUUGGGUAAACUUUAUGUCGAGACAGUGGAGGGAACUAAAUUUCUGGCCCGAAAAAGAUCUGGUCACCUUUUUCUCUCCAUCUGAUUUUUACAGUAAAUUCCCCUCUACACGAGUACUACUUGAUGGAACAGAAAUUCCUGUAAAGAAACCUAAACCCCCCAUUGCCCUGCAAGCAACCUUCUCUACGUAUAAAAAUAGAAACACUGUCAAAGUACUCGUAGGCUCAUCUCCAGGGGGUUUAAUUUCAUAUGUGUCUCCUGCUUAUGGAGGGUCUGCUAGUGACAGACAGCUUGUUGAACGGAGUCCUUUGUUAAGUGCUGACUUAUUUGAACCUGGUGAUUCUCUUAUGGCAGACAAGGGAUUCAA